UCACAUUCCUUGCAAACAUAACAAAAGAUGUAAAGCCUAUAUAAUAGAAAGUGUCAGAGUUCUCUAUCACUCCAGUACCUAGUGAACUUAGUCUACAGGUUUACUUUCAAGUCUUCUACUAGAGUUUUUGCAAAGUCUCUCAUCAGCAGGCACAAUGAUUUGGGUUGCUCUAACCACCUUGGCAUAUUUACUGUCGUUGACGUACUCAGCACCAGUAGGAUCGUGCACAGUGAACAACUACACAUUUGACAAUGGUGCCACCUACAGUGUUCCUGAAUUUUAUGGUUGUUUACAAUACAAAUGUGUCGACGGCGUGCCAGUUUUGACGAAAGAAGGUUGUUAUGCCAACAGUGCCUGUCAGGAUGUGAACAGUCAAUGGGUAGUCAACUGCAGAACAUGGUCCUGCUACAAAACUACACAAGAUAAUGUCAGUAGUUACGGCACCACUUUAGUCUCUUCACUCUGCUCUGACGCCAGUGGUCAAUGCCAUGCACAAAGCGACACAUUUUCCCGAGAGAUUAAUGGCAAAAUCUACACCAAGUGUAACUGUAAAAUUGACGCUGCACAGACCAUUAGUUACGUGUGUUCUGGUUAGGGUUAGAGUUCUUUGAAUUGUUUCGGACAAUGAAAUAAAAAAAAAAAGUUAA